UACGGAUACGCGAGUCCUGCAUGCGGCGCCCAGCGCUCGCGUGGUGCAUCGCUCUUCUCUUGAGCACGUCGAUCUUCGCGCUCCUGUACGUGACCACGGACGCCUACUUUGUAUCGCCGAGAAUGUCUUCCAGCAGCGCCGACCCCAUGCGCGUGCACUGGGCCCACGCCGUCAACUCGCAGGCGCAGCUCACAGACGCGCUCGCGAGAGGGCUCGCCCUCGAGGCCGACGUGCAGUUGAGCCCCGAGAACGUGCUCAUCAUGGCCCAUCCGCCGGCCAACACGAGCGACUUGACGUUCGAGAUGUUCUUGGCGCGCGCGUCGGCCUCGAAUUGCAUCGUCAAGCUCGAUUUCAAGACCCGCGCUGCGUUCGAGGCGGCGCUCAGCAACCUCACGGCCGCGCCCGCGAGUUUGCGCCGCCGCAUUUGGCUCAACGCCGACAUCUUACGCGGCAGCGAGGCUCCAGCACCCAGCUUUGAUGCAGCGCAGUUCGUCGCGCAAGCCACUGCCUGCCAUACCGACAAGCUCAGUGUCGGCUGGACAACGUCGGCUGCGAGCGUCGAGUACACUUCGGCCAUGGUGGACGAGAUGCUGCAGCUAUUGCAAGGCGUGAAUGCCAGCGCCACGCUGCCCAUCAAAGCGUCGCUCGUGCGCCGCAGCUGGCCCGCACUCGAGCGCGUCUACACCAACUCGACGCAUGGGCUCACGCUCUGGUCGAACGACGCGCUCUCGGACGAUGAGAUGACGUGGCUGCACACGACGCUCGAGACGACGCCCGCGCUGCGAGGCCGCACGUACUACGAUCUUGCUGGUUGGAACGAGCUCGUGGCGCGCAACCAGUGGUAAGCUCGUCUGCCGCAUUCGCUUCCACUUGGUGCUUUUCAUUUUGGUUGUUUGUACUUUUCCACCAAUUCUUUUCGAAACAUGUUCCACGAC